AUGCCUUCGAGGAGUAGAGCCAGCUCAUUGGCACACGCAAUUGACACCAAAAGUCCUACUGUCUCUGAUACAACGCAGCAUCUCUAUGAUGACCAGGAUCUGCUUCGCAAGCUGCGAACUAUCAGCAUAGAGUGCAGGAAAGUCCACACAGCACCCGUGGAAGAAGAACCCAAAACAGACGUGGCAAGAUACUCUAAAUAUGAAGGAUAUCUGUCCAGUUUGAAUGACAGGACGACCGAAUAUCAAGUAGUUAUAGAACAAGCACAAGUAAUUGACCAACAGCUUUCCCUCGCGAUCGCCAAAUUUGGGCGUGUCUCAACCCAAACAGAAGCUUUUGCGUCUUCUACAGGUCAGUUGUUCAAAAGCUGUACCGAUCUCGAAACACUGCAUGCGUCGUUGAACGAGUACAUGGGGUUCUUUGACGCGCUUGAUCCAAUAGUUCGCGUACUGCAUCAUUCCACCUCGGCCAGCACUGUCAAAAGAGACUCUUUCCGCUCAAGGCUAGCCAAGAUCGACGCUUCCCUGGAGUUUCUCGAACAACACAAAGACUUCAAAGAUGCCGAGACGUAUCGCAUCAAAUUCAAGCAGUGUCUGUUACGGUGCUGUAAUAUGAUGGCAAGCUACUUGACGAGCUCGCUGAAAACGCUUUACAGCGAAGUAGCUAAAUCUUUGGAGGGAGUUACCCAGCUCGGCACUCAAGACGCUCUGCUCUACAACAAGUUUAAAUCCCGUGCUGCAGAUUUUUACUCAGUCUCAGAAGAGCUUUCAAAUCGCUGCUUGAGCACCGGCAGUGGCAGAUAUCACGAUGACGUGAAAACAAUUUUACAAAACUGUUACGGAGAGUACUUUCAGAUCAGAUCAAAACUACUGCAACCUUUGAUUCGUAGUCAAUUAAACGAGCUGAAUACAAGUGACUCCGGGUCGUCCUUGGUGAAGUAUAUUCAAGACAAUUUGCUAUUCUAUUCCCAGUUGUGCCAAAAUGAAUACGAUCUGAUAACACAGUUCUUUCCACAUGCGGAAGGAAAGGAAGACUUUAAUAAAUGGUUGUUUCGACUAUGCGAGCCUCUUCACGAUCGCGUUCGAGAGAGGGUCUUGAGAGAAAAUGAGGUGAUGGUUUUAUGCGAUUCAGUCACUUUGCUCAGUAAGUUCUACCAGUUUGAAGAAGAUUCGAAGGAGUAUCAAGACCAAUUUAGCAACGUUCAAUUAGAUAAAGUGUUUGAACCAUUGUUACAGGAUGUUCAGUACAGGUUGAUUUUCCGGGCCCAGAUGUAUGUCGAAACGAAUAUCGUGAAUUUUAAACCCACCAAAGAUGCUUUCAUUAUCAAUCAUCGGAAGCCCAGUUUUACAAUCGUGGAAAACAGCAAUGACAUCGUGGGCUCUUUUCUCAAAAGCAUUUCUGAUUUUGAAGGUGAGGUAGAAGAAAUGCGCAGCUGUUAUCCUCCAGUUUUGAGGGCGGUGGCUUUACUUUCGAGAAUCUAUCAAAUGGUCAAUUCUUCCAUUUUUGACAAUCUAGCUCACCACAUAGUACACGAUUGCAUCGAGUCGUUGCGGUCCGCGUUUCAACUUGUCCAGCAGUCGGAAGAUACGCUGGAGUCACGGCUAGCUUACUUGAAGAAUCUGUUGAUGCUUCGCAAGCAAGUACAGGCAUUUGAAAUUCAAUAUGUGUGCAACGAGAAGUAUGUGGACUUUUCAGGCCUCACUGAAUUUCUGAAAUCGCUUGCAAGCGGAGGCAUUCGAGCCGCAUCUAGCACAUCGGUCUUUGAUCUAACCGUCGAGGGUGGUCCGCUUGUGGUGAGAGAUAUGGUAGACGCACGUUCAGAACUUACUUUAGAACUACGAAACGCUGUGAAGGGCCUCACAACUGCAGUUGUGAAAAAUGUGCUAGGCGAUUGCAUAGACAGUCACGACGAUCUGUUGGCGAAAAACGUGCAGCUGAGGGCCAACAUAGAGGCUAUAUUACCACGAGUUCACGAACGCAUGUGUCAUUUUGUAAAAGACGUCGAGAUCAGGUUCCACUUAAUCGAUGCCAUUCAAGAGUCGCUGGUUCGCUCAUAUGCUGCGUUUUAUGACACCGUAGCUGAAGAAGCCGCUGACGGAAAAGUCAGCAUGGACGAUUUUUCUGAAUUGGUGUAUGUCGAUGUACUUGUGGAUCUGAUCAAUAAUCUGGCUAGUUCACUUGAAAAUGAUAACGCGUGA